CCAGAGCUCAGGAGCGGGCCUCAGGCUCGCCGGGCCUCAGCCAGUCAGAGUCGGGAGUGGCCUGUCCACUGCUCCUCUCCCUGCCCCGCUGACCCGACUUCUCAGGCAGCAGCAGGCAGCCCUCAGGAGGCCUCCGGUCCCUGAGUUAACUGUAGAGUUCAUUUGCGCCAGGUCAUGUGGGCGCGGGGGUUGGAGGCCUCAGCCAGGCCCAGGCCCCUGGAGCUGACCGCCCUCUCCUCCCACAGGCAUUUGCAUCAAGUGCGGCCUUGGCAUUUACGGAGCGCGACAGGCCUGCCAGGCCAUGGGGAGCCUGUAUCACACCGACUGCUUCACCUGCGACUCCUGCGGGAGACGGCUUCGCGGGAAGGCGUUCUACAACGUGGGCGAGAAAGUGUACUGCCAGGAGGACUUCCUGUACUCCGGGUUCCAGCAGACGGCCGACAAGUGUAGCGUGUGUGGACACCUCAUCAUGGAGAUGAUCCUUCAGGCCCUCGGCAAGUCCUACCACCCGGGCUGCUUCCGGUGCUCCGUGUGCAACGAGUGCCUGGACGGGGUGCCCUUCACCGUGGACGUGGAGAACAACAUCUACUGCGUCCGGGACUAUCACACGGUCUUUGCACCAAAGUGCGCCUCCUGUGCCCGUCCUAUCCUGCCUGCACAGGGUUGUGAGACCACCAUCCGUGUGGUGUCCAUGGACAGAGACUACCACGUGGAGUGUUACCACUGCGAGGACUGCGGGCUGCAGCUGAGCGGGGAGGAAGGUCGCCGCUGCUACCCCCUGGAGGGCCACCUGCUGUGCCGCCGCUGCCACCUGCGGCGCCUCCGGCCGGGCCCGCACCCCCCACCUGCCGUGCAAGUCACGGAGCUCUGAGUGGCCGCGGGGUGGCGUCGCGCGGGUGGGAGCGGGCGCAGGGGCGGUGGGGCCCCUCCGGCUCCCAGCCCGCCUGCCCGCCGGCUCGUGGAGUUGCUGUCCGCAGGGGCCGGCCCCGCGGAGAAGCCAUGUCUAUUUAUUCACGUCUGUGCCUCCUCAAGCCGCUGCCUUCUCUCCGGACUCCGCCUGCCUCCGGCCCACCCAUCCCGGCCUCUCCCGGGCCCCUGGACCUCGCAGCCUCCGCCGCGGGACUGGUUCCCAGACGGGCCGAGGGGUGUGGUGGGGCAAGGCGGGGUGCGUGUGUGUGUGCGCGUGUGUGUGCCUUCCCUCCUCUCCCCACUGGCCUGGGGGCGGGGCCGGUCCACUCGGAGGGCCUGGGACCCCCCUCCAAGAGAGCUGCCUGAGUGGGGCGGGGUCUGUCCGGGACUCGGCAGAGGGCGUGCUCGCGUGUCUCGUCAGCGCCUGGCCCGCUGCUGGGUGGAGGGUGCCUGUGUGAGUGGAUGGGCAGGGUCACAGGAGGGGGUGAUGGGUGACACCCUUGGGCCCCCCGGGCCGGCGAAGAAGCCCUGCCUUUGGCUGAUACCGGAUUUGGCCACCCGAAUUCUCAUGGGUGUCUUCAGUCACAGUUCCCGCCAACUUGCCACCUCUGACUGCUGGUUUGGGGCUCUGACUCCCCGCCCUCUCCUCUAGCUUCUGGGGUAGAAGCUUCCGGCCGCCUCCAGCCCCUGGCUCCGCCGAGAGAGGCCGCCAGGGGGCGCCCUGCCCGCGUGGCCGGGACACCUGCUGCAGGAAAGCACUGUGUAUCGGGCUCCACGACAAAAGGAUAUGAUUUGACUUAAAUUAAGUUUUUCCUUUGAGAAUAUUUUCAUUUUCUUUGAAAGAAUAUAGUUUCUUCUAAAAACGUGGGCCACAGUUGUUAUUUCUUAGGAAGAUUACAAGCAACUCACAAAUGUCCAAUUUGUAUAUCAUGUAGCUAGUUUUCAAGGCGGUCAAAACAUUGUAGUUUAAUUAUUUUUGUAUAAGUUUGUCUAAAAAUCUAAAAAUGUGUCUGCUUUUCAGACUUUAAAAUGGUGUGGCUUUUGUUUGUGUCUGUGUCUUAAGAACGGGGACUUAGUGAAAGGUAACUUGGGAAAUGUAGCUUUUUUUCC